AUGGAGGACGGUCCUGUUUCCUUUGGCUUUAAAAACAUUUUUAUUACAAUGUUUGCUACUUUUUUUUUCUUCAAGCUUUUAAUUAAAGUGUUCUUGGCGCUCCUAACCCAUUUCUAUAUCGUCAAAGGAAAUAGAAAAGAAGCGGCUAGGAUAGCAGAAGAGAUCUAUGGUGAAAUUUCAGAUUGCUGGGCCGAUCGGUCUCCACUUCAUGAAGCGGCAGCUCAGGGACGCCUACUGGCCCUGAAAACUUUGAUUGCACAGGGCGUCAGUGUGAACCUGGUAACAAUUAACCGGGUCUCUUCUCUCCACGAGGCGUGCCUGGGAGGCCACGUGGCCUGCGCUAAGGCCCUAUUGGAGAACGGCGCCCACGUCAAUGGGGUGACAGUUCACGGAGCCACGCCCCUCUUCAAUGCUUGCUGCAGUGGCAGCGCUGCGUGCGUCAACGUGCUGCUGGAGUUUGGAGCCAAGGCCCAGCUCGAGGUGCACCUGGCUUCACCCAUCCACGAGGCAGUGAAGAGAGGUAAUAGAGAAUGCAUGGAGAUUCUGCUGGCAAAUAACGUUAACAUUGACCAGGAAGUGCCUCACCUUGGAACUCCCCUGUAUGUGGCUUGCACCUAUCAGAGGCUAGACUGUGUGAAGAAGCUUCUAGAAUUAGGAGCCAAUGUUGACCACGGCCAGUGGCUGGACACCCCCCUCCAUGCCGCCGCGAAGCAGAACAGUGUGGAAAUCAUCCACCUGCUGAUAGACUAUGGGGCUAACCUCAAGUGCAGAAACGCUCAGGGCAAAAGUGCGCUUGAUCUGGCAGCUCCGAAAAGUGGCGUGGAGCAGGCGCUCCUGCUCCGGGAAGGCCCGCCUGCUCUUUCCCAGCUGUGCCGCCUGUGUGUCCGGAAGUGCUUGGGUCGCACCUGUCAUCAGACCAUCCACAAACUGUAUCUGCCGGAGCCCCUGGAAAAAUUCCUCCUAUACCAGUAA